AUGUCUCGAGAAACCUCGGCUUAUUCGGAAAUUGUGGCGGAGAUGGGGGCGGGAAGGCAGGCUAAGAACGACUGCUUUGCGUCUGUGCUGGUGCAGGUGCUGGGGGUGAAGGAGAGUGCUGAUCUGCAGGAAGGGUUUGGGUUCUUUGUGCAGCAUCUGCUGUCAGGCGGUCUGGAGGAGGCGCAUUCCACGGGGAGGGGGGGAGCGGGGGGGAAGGGUCCUGAGAAUGCGCAGGGGAAGGAGAAAGGGGGGAUCGGGGGGAAAGCUGCCGAGGAGGCGCAGGAAGAGGAGGGACGGGUGGAGGGCGAGGUGAUGGAUAGGGGUGGGAGCAUGGAAAAGGAGGAGGAGCUGGUGGGUGCUCUGGCAAGGUUGGAUAUCUCACAGGGUGAUUCUGGUGGGGGGAGAGGCGGAGGGAAACCGAAGCAUAGCAGCGCGGCGAGCAGAGGGGAAGAGAGGCGCAGCAGCGAGGCGGCUAAUGGGGCUGCUGGGGGGCGUGGUAGAGGGGGGAAGAAUGGGCAGUGGAGGGAGAAUCUGAAGGGGCGUGAGUGGGAGAGGUAUGUGGAUGGCAUGGCUUGGAUUCUGGAGCAUGGAGGGGGGGAAGUGAGGGAGUUUCGAUGCAGCCACUGCAGUGAGAGGGGCAGUAGCAAUGGUGGUGACAUGCAGGGGAAUGGUAUUCCCAAGGGCAUGUAUGUGAGUGGGGUGGGCGCCACGGAAUUCGCCCUUGCGUUUGCCACAGAGCUGUCUAAAUCAGAGAGCUGUGGUGAGGCGUGUAUGUACAUAUUCGAUGGGAGCAAUGCCAACAAGGCGAGGGUGGAAGAGGCUGCAGAAGCAUCGGCAGUGGGGGAUGCAUCUGCUUCCAGUGCUGCUGCUUCAGCGACCACGUGGGGCAAGGUGGCAGUGGGGCAGCAGCUAACACCAGUGGCAGUGGGGCAGCAGCUAACACCAGUGGCAGUGGGGCAGCAGCUAACACCAGUGGCAGUGGGGCAGCAGCUAACACCAGUGGCAGUGGGGCAGCAGCUAACACCAGUGGCAGUGGGGCAGCAGCUAACACCAGUGGCAGUGGGGCAGCAGCUAACACCAGUGGCAGUGGGGCAGCAGCUAACACCAGUGGCAGUGGGGCAGCAGCUAACACCAGUGGCAGUGGGGCAGCAGCUAACACCAGUGGCAGUGGGGCAGCAGCUAACACGACUGGGGGAGCAGCAGACAUGA